AUGACUAAUAAUCUUGCCUGGUUGUUAGUGCUGCUCUUGAGGAGUGUCCUGAACAAGACUGUUGGCCAACCGCCACCUCCAGGGUUUAGGUAUGCCUCUUAUGAGGUGAUCAUCCCAAGGAAACAGACCCCCAGGUCUGGACACAAAGAACCCCAUAGUGUGAACUACCUGCUAAAGCUUGAAGGUAAGAACCACCUGGUGUACCUCAGGCAGAAGAGAGCCUUUGUCUCCAAACACUUCCCUGUUUUCACUUACAGCGUAGAGGGGGACCUGCAGGUUGACUAUCCAUUCAUCAGGGAUGACUGUUUCUACAAUGGUUUUGUGCAGGGCAGGGCAAAGUCUGCGGCUACUUUUAGCACUUGUUCAGGAGGUCUCAGAGGUGCUUUGCAAGUAGAAAAUAAGUCCUAUGAAAUCGAACCUGUCCAGGCAUCUGCUACCUUUCAACAUGUGGUGUAUCGACUGGAAGAAGAGAAAGGAGCCAUCCGCAUGAGGUGUGGGCUGACCCAAGAAGAGAAACUUCGACAGACAGCCAUGAUCCAAAACAGUGGGAAUGUGACAACUGAAAGAUCUCAGAAGAGACCCUGGUGGACCCAUAAAACAUAUGCAAAGAUUGUCAUUGUGGUGGAACAUGAGCGCUAUAUACAGUUUGGCAGAAAUGAAACUGUUGUAGCUCUGAACGUGUUGAAUGUCAUUCAUCUCACAAAUUCAUGGUAUGAUCCACUUGGCAUUCAAGUAUCCCUUGUAGGUCUGGAAAUAUGGUCUGAAAGAAAUCUGAUAGAUAUUUCAAACACGAUGGGUGUUCUCCUUGACCGUUUUAAUAUUUGGAGAAGAAACAUACUUUAUUCACGUCUACCACAUGAUGCAGGUCACCUUUUUGUAUACAAACAUUUUUUUAAAGGUAUGCUGGGAUUAGCAUUUGUUGGAACAGUGUGUGGGAAACACUGGUCUAGUGGUGUUGAAUCAUAUGUGAGUCCCAGUUUGUUCUUUUUUACUGGCAUAUUUGCCCAUGAACAAGGGCACAUCCUUGGCAUGAACCAUGAUGUAGCAUUCUGUAGAUGUGAAUACCAAGACUGUGUCAUGUCUGCCUAUCACUCAACCAGUGAUAAGUUUAGCAACUGCAGUUAUAAAGAAUACUACAACUUAAUGAAAUCUGGUAGUACACGGUGCUUAUUUUCUGCUGGAGACCCUGAUAAAAAGUAUAAACUCGCAUAUUGUGGGAACAGAGUGGUGGAACAUGGUGAGCAAUGUGACUGUGGUUCAAAACAGAGUUGUGACCUGGAUCCCUGUUGCCAGUCUGGUUGCAAGUUGCGUUCAGGUGUCACUUGUGCUUUUGGAGAGUGCUGCUCCAGAUGCCAGUAUCUUCCAGCUGGAACUGUUUGCAGGAGAAGUGCUAGUACCUGUGAUCUACCAGAGUAUUGCAAUGGGACUUCAGCAUGGUGUCCUGAAGAUGUUUAUGUACAAGAUGGAACCCCAUGCCAAGAUGGUGCCUACUGUUAUCAUGGGAAUUGCUCAACUCACAGUCAACAAUGCAAAAUGAUCUUUGGCUCAAGGGCAACAGCUGCUUCAGAGGUCUGCUUCAGAAAACUGAAUACUCAAGGUGACCGCUUUGGCAACUGUGGGUUUUAUGGUUCUACUUACAGAAAAUGUAAUUCUAAGAACAUCCUCUGUGGCCGAGUGCAGUGUGAAAACGUUGAUAAAUUGCCUUCCUUGGAAGGACAUCGCACCAUAAUUCAAACACGUGUUCAUAACACCUUAUGCUGGGGCGCAGACCACCAUCACGGAUCAGCAAUUCCUGAUAUUGGAGCUGUGAAUGAUGGCACUCCCUGUGACAAAAAUAUGAUGUGUAUUAAUAUGGAAUGCACUAAUAUCUCCCUGUUGCAAUAUGAUUGUGAAAAGAAAAAGUGCCAAAACUUGGGAAUAUGUAACAGUCACAAAAAUUGUCACUGUGAUUAUGGCUGGGCCCCUCCAUACUGCCUAGAAGAAGGCUAUGGUGGCAGUAUUGACAGUGGACCACCUCCAUCACAGUACCUCAGUACAAGAAGAGUCCUUAUUAGAGGACUCCUAAUCCCCUUUGCUGUUCUUGUGGCCAUUAUUGUUCCUGCUCUUGGUGUAUAUUACAGAGCCAAUCUGAUGCAGAGGAAUAGAAUAUCUUGUGAAUAA